AUGGCUUCCAAAGAGAAUGGAUUCUCAAGACCAGAAAAUACACCAGGGAGGAGUUUCUCUCAGGUCUCAACACAGUUUGAGAAUGGACAGACUGAAUUCAAAUGCCCAGUGUGUGAGGAAACAUGGCCAUAUGAUGAAGUGCGAAAACUGGCGAAACUUUCAGAUGAUGAGAAAUCCAGUUUUGAAGAAAAGCUUGGGACGAAUACUGUUAAGAAUUUAGUUGACUUCAGGGUUUGUCCUGGUUGUAGCACCUUUGUUGAAAGGUUGGAUGUUUCCAAUCUCUGCGUGGAGUGCCCAGUGUGCACAGAAAAGACUGGAGAUUCAUAUGAUUUUUGCUGGAAUUGUUUAAGAGAGUGGAAAGGGUCUCACAAUCGUGCUGAUCGAUGUGGUAACGUGGGAUGUACCAUUGACAAGAAACUGCUGAAAGACUGUCCAAUGAUCUCUUUAACAUACUUUAAAAAUGAAGUGCAGUGCCCAAAAAUCCGUGCAUGCACAUCUUGUGGUGUGCUGAUUGAACACACUAAUGAUGGAUGUAAUAACAUGGAAUGCCCUGAAUGUGACAAUGAGUUUUGCUUUAUUUGUUUAAAUUCUGGCCAUGACUAUGAUGAAGAUCAGCCAUGCAAACUGGCACCAAGGCAAAUAGAUUCUGAAUCACACCAGUAACUGCACUGGAAAAA